GCACCGGGCAGGCCCAGCUGCCCGCCUGCUCACCUGCAGCCUGCGCCCCGAGUCCACAGGAAGUGCCCCCCUCGGUGGGGAGCAGAGGAAACAGGGGCAGGUGGGGGGCGGGGGCGGGGCCGCGGUGGAAGCCGGGGUUCCUGUCAUGUGACCCCUGCCCUGGGCUCUUCACAGCUCUGCCAGGCCUGCGGAGAGCCAGCCUGAAGGGGUCCCCUCGGGUCACCUGACCCCUCAUCCGCAAGAUUCUUUCUCCUCGAGUCUGGGCACGCCACGGCCGAGACCUUGACUCCGGCCCCAGGCGCCUGGCGUCCCUCCUGGGGACGGCCCCGGUGAGAUGCUGCCACGGCGGUCCCGGCAGGCGGGGCAGGCCCACGGGCAGCCGGCGCCCGAGCCCGGGGCGGAGGAGCUCUGGGAGCAGGAGAUGGAGCGGCUGCGCGGCUCGCGGGCGCCCGUGCGCACGCUGCCCUACGCCAUGGUGGACAGGCGCCUGGUCCGGCAGCUGCGGGAGCCCGAGGGGGCGAAGACCUCGUGCUGGCAGCGGUGGCAGCGAAGGCGGUCGGCUGCGGGAAGGCGCCUGGGGGAGGCAGCGCAGAGGCUGGCGCGGGGCUUUGGACUCUGGGAGGGCGCCCUCUACGAGAUCGGGGGCCUCUUUGGCACCGGAAUCCAGUCCUACUUCACGUUCCUUCGGUUCCUGCUGAUGCUCAACCUGCUGACCCUGCUUCUGACCUCCAGCUUCGUGCUGCUGCCCCUGGUCUGGCUCCGCCCCCCGGACCCAAGCCCCGCCCUUAACUUCACCCUCCAGUGCCCUGGCGGCCCCCAGCCCCAGGCGGGCUCCCUCUAUUUCUAUGAUCAGCUGUGGGACAUUUUAACUGGCAGAGCCUUCAACAACACCUACCUCUUCUACGGUGCCUACCGGGCGGGGCCCGAGAGCGGCUCCACUUACAGCAUCCGCCUGGCCUACCUGCUGAGCCCGCUGGCCUGCCUGCUCCUCUGCUUCUGCGGGACGCUGCGGCGGAUGGUGAAGGGGCUGCCGCAGAAGCUGUUCCUGGGCCAGGACUACAGGGCCCCUCUCAGUGCCAAGGUCUUCUCCUCCUGGGACUUCUGCCUCCGGGGGCAGGACGCAGCCACCAUCAAGAAGCACGAGAUCAGCAACGAGUUCAAGGUGGAGCUGGAGGAGGGGCAGCGCUUCCUGCUGAAGCAGCAGCAGACCCGGACCCAGCGAGCCUGGCAGCUGCUCCACUACCUGUGGGUCAACCUGCUCAUCGGGCUCCUGGUGGUCGGGGCCAUCAGCGCCAUCUUCCAGGCCACCAAGUACUCACAGGACAACAAGGAGUCCCUGUUCGUGCUGCUCCAGUACCUGCCCCCCGGGGUCAUCUCCCUGGUCAACUUUCUUGGUCCUCUGCUGUUCAUGUUCCUGAUCCAGCUGGGGAACUACUCCCCCAACACGGAGGUCAACCUCACCCUCAUCUGGUGCGUGGUGCUGAAGCUGGCCAGCCUGGGAAUGUUCUCCUUCUCCCUGGGCCAGACCAUUCUGUGCAUCGGCCGAAACAAGACCAGCUGUGAGUCCUACGGCUACGACGCCUGUGACUACCAGUGCUGGGAGAACCUGGUGGGGGAGGAGCUGUACAAGCUGAGCGUCUUCAACUUCCUGCUCACGGUGGCCUUCACCUUCCUCGUCAGCCUGCCUCGGAGGCUGCUGGUGGAGCGAUUCUCAGGCCGGUUCUGGGCCUGGCUGGACCGGGAGGAGUUCCUGGUGCCCAAGAAUGUGCUGGACAUCGUGGCAGGGCAGACGGUCACCUGGAUGGGCCUCUUCUUCUGCCCCCUGCUGCCCCUGCUCAACAGCAUCUUCAUCUUCCUCACCUUCUACAUCAAGAAGUACAACCUGCUGAGGAACUCCAAGGCGUCUUCUAGAAGAUUCCGAGCCUCCAGCUCCACCUUUUUCUUCCAGCUCGUGCUCAUCCUGGGGCUGCUGCUGGCCACCGUGCCCCUGGGCUACGUGGUCAGCAGCAUCCACUCCUCCUGGGACUGCGGCCUGUUCGCCAACUACUCGGCCCCCUGGCAGGUGGUCCCGGAGCUGGUGGCCCUCCAGCUGCCGCCCCUUGGCCAGCGAGCCCUCCGCUACCUGGGCUCCCAGGCCUUCAGCUUUCCCCUCCUCAUCCUGCUCAGCCUUAUCCUGACCGUGUGCAUCUCCCAGUCCCAGGCUAAGGCGAGGGCCAUCCAGGGGCUCCGGAAGCAGCUGGUGUGGCAAGUCCAGGAGAAGUGGCACCUGGUGGAGGACCUGUCGCGGCUGCUGCCAGAGCCGGGCCUCGGUGACUCUCUGGGGCCUGAGUCUCCUCUCUUUCGAUCUUCGCGCGCGAGAUCCUUCUGCCCCGGAUUCCCGUGCCCCGGGUCCCCGGGCCCCAGGUCCCCCCGGCCCUCCCCCUCCCGCGGAUCCUUCCUGUAGGUUCCGCUUCCCAGCAGCGCCGAAGCCCGACGUGCACACCUCAGCUCGACCCCAGAGCACCCCUUGCCCCACGCUCCUGCCCCCUGGGUGACCACAGCCUCCCAGUGGGCGCCCCAAAGCGGGAUCACACACCCGAGGGCAGCAAGAAGACGAUGUGGAAAUUUGUGUUUGUAGUUCAUACUUUUAUCUUAUUUUUUUAAAUUUUCUGUUUUGUUGUCUUAUAAUGUCCCUAACGUAUUAGUAUGAUAACCCAUAAAUACAGUUUAUAAAUAUA